AUGAUCAAUGGUAAAGAUGUAUACAAGAUUGUUGAGAGCAUUUUCCCCUUAUAUGUAGCAUUAAUGUUAGGUUAUGGUUCAAUAAAAUGGUGGAAAAUUUUCACAGCAGAUCAAUGUGCAGGUGUAAACCGUUUUGUAGCAACAUUUGCAGUUCCAACACUUACAUUCAUCUACAUAAUUCCAAUAGAUCCUUACCAUAUGAAUUGGAGGAUAAUAAUAGCCGACACACUUCAAAAAAUAGUGACACUAUUAUGUUUAAUCCUAUGGAACAUUUUCACAAAACGAGGUAGUUUCGAUUGGACAAUAACCGUUUUCUCACUUAUUAAUUUACCUAACACACUUGUUGUUGGGAUUCCUCUCUUGCAAGCUAUGUAUGGCGAUGUUUCGACGCCUAUUUUGAUUCAAAUUGUGUUCAUGCAAAGUGUUUUGUGGUAUACGGUUUUGUUGAUAAUGUAUGAGUAUAGGGCGGCGAGGAUAUUCAUUUCGCAACAGUUUGUUGUGAGGAAUGAAGACGGGACGGAGUCGAUUUUGUCGGAGUCGGAGAAGGUUGAUAUUGGAUCGAAUGUUGAUGUGGAGUUGGGUGAAUUUUUGCAUAGUUUGAGUGUUAGGUCGGGUUCGAGGAAGAAUAGUUUUGACGUGAAUGAGUUGUUUAAAAAGAGUAAGAGUAGUAGUAGUGCUAAUGUGGGUGUGGAAUGGAAAAGUAUAAAGAGUAGGAGUGCGAGGGUUUCUCCUCAUCCGAUUUUGAAAUCUAUUAGUGGUAAUAAAAGAAACAUGAGUUCUAAUGGUCGUUUGACACAUGAAAUUGAACCAUCAGAAGUUGAUAAGUUUGAAUUGCUUGGGAUUAAAGUAAGUGCAGAGAAAGAGCAUGAGAGCAAGGAGGCGCAGAUAGAGGAGAUUAAAGAAGAAAUUAGUGAAGAACAAAUGCCACCUAGUCAAUCUAUGGUGUUAAAGCUCAUUGUAAUUAGGGUGUAUAAGAAACUCAUAAAAAACCCUAAUCUCUGGGCUUCAGUUCUUGGUAUUAUAUGGGCUCUCAUUGCAGCUAGGUAUAAAAUUAAAUUGCCAACAAUCAUAUAUGAUUCUAUUACAAUAAUGUCUAAAACUGGACUAGGAAUGUCCAUGUUUAGUCUAGGCAUAUUCAUGGCUUUACAACCCAAGAUCAUUGCUUGUGGAAAAACAGCAGCAGCAAUGUCUAUGAUACUUAAAUUCUUGAUUGGUCCUGCAUUGUUUGGUGCAACUUCUGCAGCGGUCGGUGAUCGUGGAGUUGUUUUUAAAAUAGGAAUUGUUCAGGCGGCUCUUCCUCAAGGUAUUGUUCCCUUUGUCUUCGCUAAAGAGUACAAUCUCCAUGCUCAAAUAUUUAAUACAGCGGUUAUAUUUGGAUUGGCACUUGUGUUCCCCAUAGGAAUGCUCUACUACGUGCUUCUUGGGUUUAGUUCAUUUUAA